AUGCCUGUCUCGCAUAUCACCCUGACCGUCUCCCACCUUCCGACCUCUACCUCAUUCUUCUUAUCAUGUUUACAGCCACUGGGGUAUCAGUUCAUUGGUAGACAUGACGACUAUAUAGGGUUCGGUCAGAAGCAGGGGGAACCUGCUGAUUUCUGGAUGACCGAGACUAAGCCUGGAGCCCCUCCCGGCGCAGUCCACGUCGCCUUUCCAGCCCCGUCAAAAGACGCAGUCGGCUCGUUCUUCAUAAGCGCCCUAAAAGCCGGCGCGAAGAUACACGGCGAACCCAGAAUGCGAGAUUCGCACUCCGGGUACUUCAGCGCUGCCGUCAUCGACUUCGAUGGCAACAGCAUUGAAGCCGUGUACCGGCCCAGCGCUGCCUCCACUGUGUCCACAGCCAGUGGGCCGACGAUGGCUCUUUUGGAGGGUUCCAACCGCUCAGUGGUCUCCAAGGCAAGCAGCAAGGCUAGCACCGUCAGCAAAGCUACUUCCGUCAGCAAGGCCACUUCUGUCAGCAAAGCCAGCACUCUCAAGGCAGAGAGCGUCGCACCCCCACGGUCCGAAGCCGGGUCUGAGGCCAGAUCCGUCGCCAGAUCAGAAGCAAGAUCAGAAGCAAGAUCCGUCGCAAGAUCAGAGGCGAUGUCCGAAGCAAGAUCUGAAGUCCGAUCUGAGGCCAGGUCUCACGCGGUUUCCAGAGCACCCACAACCUAUGAGCGCUCUCCCCCAAGUGUCAUGUCCCACCAUAUGCAAGCCCCGCCACCACCAUCAUACACCGUGCAAGCUGUGCAAAUGCCCGCACCGAAAGCCGAUGACGGCACCAAAGCAGCCAAGACCAUCGUCGGCACGCUCAUUGGCGCCGCCGCCGGCGCAGCCAUCGCCUACGCAAUGGUCAAGGGCGAAUCGGGGUCCGAAGAAGCGGAACGCUCGCCCGCGCAGUUCGCCUCGAACUUCCCUCAAAUCAAAGCCGCGGCGCAAUCCUUCUUCGGCAAUGAAGACCAACAAUCCCAAUAUCGCGCAAUCGAAGCACCCCCUCCACCACAAAGCGCCUACACCACCGCCUCAAUCCCCCGCUCCACCCUCACACGCAGCAUGACCUCCAAAAACCCGCGCGCUAGCACAAUCUACGAAGGCACCGAGUACAUGCACGACAACCCCCGCCGCGCCUCAGAAGGAAGCAUCUACAGUAUCCCAGAGGACAUCCCUCUUCGCGCAAUUGAAUACCCGCCCGCCAGCAAUGCCUCGCAGCAGCGCAGCGCCUGCGCCCCCUCAACCUUCAUCAGCAGCUACCACGACGAGCGGUCGCGCGCUCCCAGCAGCGUCCACAGCUCCUCGACGAUCAAAGCGCCGAGCACUCACCGUCGCCACAGCACGGACGACUACGAGUCCGUCGUCUCGCACCGCUCCGAGAAGAGCCACCAAAGCUCGCAGUCGCACCGGUCUCACGCCAGCCAAGCUAGAGACAACGUGAGCGUUGCAUCGUCCACUCGCUCCGCACGCAACAUCCCGCUCCCCGCCGGCUCCUCCGCCACAUACUACUCCAGCCCGAGUAUCCACAGCAAGGACGGAGUGGGGAAGGAGUCGUACGUCUCGGCACGCAACGUGCCUCUCCCGGAGAGCGUGGUCGAUCUCGACGUGGACUCGGUUGUCAGUCCCGACGAUUCGAUCAGCCAAGUGGGUGCACGGUCGACGCAUUCGCACCGCUCGCACCGCUCCCAUUCCUCGCGGUCCAAGAGCUCGCGAGUUGACGAGCCAGUUCGGCCGGCGGAUUCUGUGAGUCAGGUUUCCAGGGCUAGUCAGAGGACGGUGAAGGCCGAGGGAUCUCGGGCUGGGAGUCGGCGGGGAAGUCAAGUUGCAUGA